AUGCUCAAGAACUUUAUUCGUCGUGUUUCGACAUCGGCAACGCCAAAGUCCCAGGGGACUGCUGUGGUUUUCAUGAACAUGGGAGGUCCUUCGACCGUUCCCGAAACUAGAGACUUUUUGUUCCGUUUAUUUUCAGACGGAGACUUGAUCCCGUUGGGACCAUUCCAGAAUUCUAUUGCUAAGUUCAUCACUUGGAGGAGAACACCUAUGAUUGAGAAAUACUACAAAACCAUCGGUGGCGGAUCCCCGAUUCGGAAGUGGUCCGAGUUUCAAGCGGCCAAAGCCUGUGAACGUUUGGAUAAAAUAUCACCAGAAACUGCGCCCCAUCAUCCUUAUGUUGCGUUCCGUUAUGCAAAUCCUUUGACGAAAGAAACUCUUCAAAAGAUGUUGGCUGAUGGUAUUACUAGAGCCGUUGCAUUCAGUCAGUAUCCUCAAUUCAGUUACUCGACUACUGCUUCUUCUAUCAACGAUCUAUACAGAUUGUCCAAGAUACAUGAUCCAGAAGGUCAAAUAAACUGGUCUAUUAUUGAUAGAUGGCCUCAGCACCCUUGUUUGGUGAAAACCUUUGCCAACCAUAUAACAGAUGCACUCCAAAAGUUUCCUGAAAAUGUUAGAGAUGAAGUCGUCAUUCAGUUUUCUGCACAUUCUUUGCCAAUGGAUAUCAUCAAUAGAGGUGAUUCGUAUCCUGCCGAAGUUGCUGCUACAGUUUAUGCCGUCAUGCAGAAACUGAACUUUUCAAACCCAUACAGACUUACUUGGCAAUCCCAAGUCGGUCCAAAACCUUGGUUAGGAGCGCAGACUGAAAAAACGUGUGAACGGAUCACCAAUAACGAAUCGGUCCCAGGUGUUGUUAUCGUUCCAAUCGCUUUCACUUCGGAUCAUAUUGAGACUUUACAUGAGUUAGACAUCGAGCUUAAGGAAGCUAUCGAUCAUCCAGAUAAAGUUGUCAGAUGCGAAUCAUUGAAUGGAGAUCCUAUUUUCCUCGAAGGAUUGGCUGAUUUAGUGAAAGAUCACUUGGAAUCUGGUAAACUGUACUCUAAGCAACUCCCCUUGGACUACAAGUUAGGUAGUGUUUCCGCAAAAAAUGUUUUCAAACACCCAGAUGAAUUCUUUGGUGAUAGGAGCCACAAGAAAGCAUAA